AAACAAACCAUCUUUUCUAAAAAAAAUCAAACAAACCACAAUGAAAACUUUUGGUAUACUCAUUGUUGUCGGAAUACUUCUGGCCGGAGUACUUAACUCCUCCGCCCAGAAUUGCGGCUGCAGUCCAGACUUGUGCUGCAGCCAAUUUGGUUUUUGCGGCAGCGAUGAGGCAUACUGUGGUGCGGGCUGCCAAGAAGGGCCGUGUUUCUCCGCCCCUCCCACGAAUGAUGUUGAUGUUGCUAGCAUCGUGACCGAUGCAUUCUUUAAUGGUAUCGUGGAUCAAUCAGACACCGGUUGUGAAGGGAGAGGGUUUUAUACACGCGCCGCCUUCCUUGAAGCCCUCGGAAACUAUCCCCAAUUUGGUAGAGUUGGAUCGGAAGAAGAUUCAAGGAGGGAGAUUGCAGCUUUCUUCGCACAUGUCACCCAUGAAACCGGACAUUUUUGCUACAUUGAAGAAAUAAACGGUCCUUCAAUGGAUUACUGCGAUGAAAGUAAUACUCAAUAUCCAUGUAAUCCUAGCAAGGGUUACUAUGGGAGGGGUCCGAUCCAAUUGUCAUGGAAUUACAACUACGGUCCAGCCGGGAGGAGCAUUGGGUUCGAUGGGCUUAAUAAUCCUGAAAUUGUUGCCACAGAUCCUGUCAUCUCUUUUCGGACAGCGUUUUGGUUUUGGAUGAACAAUGUCCACCCAAUCAUUGGCCAAGGGUUUGGAGCUACUAUUCGUGCUAUCAAUGGAAUGGAAUGUGAUGGUGGCAAUUCUGCUACUGUAACUGCUCGUGUCCAAUACUAUACUCAAUAUUGUAGCCAACUUGGAGUUUCUCCGGGCGAUAACCUUCGAUGCUAAGCUAUUUGACAUGUGGGAUUCUAUCCUUACAUAUAAGGACAAUAAAAAAAUAAACUUAGUAUUUGGAUA